AAUGGAUUAGAGCCAAGACUUCCCUGACGUUUCAUGGGACGGACGCUUUUACUUUGAUCUCUUAAUUUUACAGUUUGAAUAAAAGAAAGCCAUGGCAGUCUCGGUGACAUCGGAUGAUCAGAAAUUCUGCUUGAAGGAGGUGCUGGACACUUUCAGGUUAUGCCUGUCUGAAAACAAAGAGGUUUACCUGGAACACUACGUGGGUGGUUGGCGAGGUUUGGUCAAGUUCCUGAACUCAUUGGGAAGCGUCUUUGGCUUCAUUUCCAAAGAUGCCGUCAACAAGAUUCAAAUCCUGGUCAACCUCCAAAAAGGUGAAGACGGCUCUCACUACACUACCAUCCAGUCGAUGGUAAAAUAUGAGCUGGAGAACCAACUAGUGGACCUCACUAAAAGUGGCGCCCACCCAACAUCGGGCUGUCGUACUCUCCUAAGACUCCACCGCGCUUUGAGAUGGCUGGAGCUAUUUUUGGACAGUUUACGCACGAGUACUGAAGAUAGUAAGACUUCAGUGUUGUGUGCGGAUGCCUAUAACGCCUCCUUGGCAAAUUUUCAUCCCUGGGUGGUACGGAAAGCUGCAGGAAUGGCUUUCUGUCUUCUUCCCGGGCGACAAGCUUUCUUUGAUGUUAUGAAUGUAGGGACUCCAGAGCAGGUGGUUGCCAUGUUGGGAGAAGCAAUUCCUCUCAUCACUGAGGUGUACAAGAUCACAGAGGACCUAUAUGCACAAAACAACAUUCUAGAUUUACCGUAAGGCAGACUUGCAUUGACCUACCUGAAGGAAAAUUUGCAUUGAAAUGGUUUGUGCCGAAGGGAAGAGCAUUUUAUGGACUGUGAUGGGAACAAUUAUCUUUAAAUAUAUUACUUGAAGUAGAGAUGCACCGAUCCAGCUUUUUACUUUAAGUAGCUGCUGAUAUCUGACAUUAACUUGGUGUAGGGAAGGAAUAUGGCACUUAUUUCCUUAAAACACUGUAAACUUAUUAUACAAGAGAUCCAAGUGUGUUAUGCAAGUUAGAUUUAUCCAAAGAUAAAGUAUAUUCAAAGAUGUUUCCUUCAAAUAAUUAUUGAAACAUUUUGCAUAGUCUUAUUAAAUCUAAUUAAAGGCCUAACCAAGGUAUCAGUUAUGCACAAUACAGCAAAUUUUUCAGUAUUAGCGCCGAUAUUUGAUACUAGUAGUGGUACAUCCCUAACUUGAACACUAAUACCACUACUAUUCCUAGGUUUUUAUGGUAAUGUGGCAUGUAUAUUAUUUAUUGACCUAUCUCUAUACUAGGAUAAUCAUUUUUUAAGAGAUUAAUGUAAUGCAGUAUCAAACAAAAUUACGCUCACAUGACAAACUUUAACUGUAUUUUUUUUAAACACAUUGUACUGUAUUGGUGACUAGUCUGACAUUACAUCAAAUUAGCUAAAGUUCUGAAAUAGUUGGUCUUUUAUGUUCAUUUCACGUUAAAGUGCCAAAGAAAAUGACACUUUAAAAUGAAACUACGGAUUAUUUGUCCUGUUACAACACAGGAUGCUGGAUAUUUUUAAUUGCAUGGCCAGUGCUGAUGGUUUGUGAUCUUAAGAUAAAUGAGUUUCUGUUUAGUUUUUUAAAUAAUGUACAGUUCUAAUAAAGGAUCACCAUAUGUUUUG